ACUUAUCUAUUUAUAUACGAAGUAGAAACUUGGUCGGUUUGCCCUUCACCAAACGAGACACGAAAUUUAAACCCACGUUGUUUCGUUGCUUUCGCCGGAAAUUAUUCUAAGUGUACUCACUCGUGUUUAACGGCUGGAUAGGGAAAACCACCAGCUUGUAACAUUCCAUGCAUGCUUAGACACGCAAGAAACUAAAUGGUAACGCGGUUUCUUUCCGUUUUUAAUACCUUUUUUCGUAGAAAGAUGAGAUCGCGAGCAAACUUAAAUAUUACUUUUGCUUACGAUUAGACAGUUAAACAGGUUUUUGAGGUGGAAUUUCUUGUUUAAGUAAUCAGACUCUCUAAACAAAGCUGAUAAAUAUAUUGCACUGGUUUUGAGUGACGUGGCUUUCAGUUUCGCCUGCCGGUAGUUCUGGCGCUACUAUGAGGAAAAGGAAAGCAUGUUCUGCGCUCAGCGGACUAGAUACGGCAAAAAAAUCCAGAGGCCGUCCUACUAAACACAGCCACAUCUGCACGACACGCUGUGUGUGGGAGGCAACAGGUGGAGAGGACCUUACUCUUGCCGAUCACCAGGGCCCAAUGAGAUAGACGACUUUAAUAAAUACAUGAGUAAUGGGGGCGUACCACUACAUGGAGUGCGCGUAUGCGAGAUACGUUGGAGGGAAAUGUGGUGCGAACCGAGUUAAUCCGCGAAAUGUGCAGUGUAUAAGUAUUGUGGAAUGCACCAGUGAACACUUCUUCUGGCGCGUGCAGGUAAGAACUUAUUCGUUUGCGAUUCCACACAUAACUAUGGAAAACAAACGCUCCAAUCAGAAAAAUGCCAACGCAAAACGAAGUCAUAAGAAAUCUAACAAAUCUACGGCCGUAAAUGGAGCUAAGCAAUCUGGAUCAGUACAACAAGAGCACAGAAAGCCCUCUGAGGUAGUCAUCGCUGGUGAUUCGAUGAUUAAGUACAUUAAUGGGUGGAAUUUAUCCAAUGCAUCGCAGCGAGUGAAUGUCAAGUCCUUUUCUGGAGCCCGGGUUAGUGACAUGGCUGACUAUAUUAAGCCAUUGAUUCGCAAAAAACCUGAGAGUAUUGUACUUCACAUCGGAACAAACGAUCUCCGAGACUCGGAGCCCCACAAUGUCGCUGACGGAGUUGUAGAUCUCGCACAUCAAAUCGAAUCUGCUGAUAUUUCUGUAGCUGUGUCGGGGUUAAUAACAAGAUCGGAUUCUGAGGAGCUUACCGGCCGGGUGAAGGAAACGAAUCGUUUACUUCGUUCCUUUUGUAACCAGAACGGUUGGGAAUUUGUCCCUAAUACCAACAUUACAUCGGCUCAUCUAAAUACAAAAGGACUUCACUUGAACAAGUCAGGCACCCAGGUUCAUGUCUCGCUCUCGUCCGCUAUCGCCGACCAUUGCAGUACCUAUGCGCUCAGUGAUGUCAAGGAGGAAUCCUUUAGUAGCUCAUGUCAUCAUGUACGUGAUCAAAGUGUCUCCAGUGCGAGGGCUUGGAGCAUGUGAUUGUGGAGACUCGAGAUGCUCUCGCUAGUGACGAUCUGCCACUGGACGCGGACGAGCUCUUGGAUCUGCGCUACACCUGCGACCAAGCUGCACAAGACAUCCACACAUGGGAAGCCCAUCAAUAACGUAGCACAAGACAGGAGAUGGCAAGGCACGACGUGGUAAACGGUUUGAGCCCCUCGUCAGUUCUCAUAACGAUCAACUGGGCCAUGAAAUUUCUGCCCCGAAAGUUCAGGAAAUCACAAACCGAUUGGUUUGCCAAACGGGGCAUUUCUUGGCAUAUAUGUGUUGCCCUACAAAAAAAAGAAGAUGGCAAAAUGAAGACACAAACAUUUGUACAUAUUGUACAAAACUGCAGCCAGGAUGCUUCAUGUGUCAUCAGAAUUAUCGAGCACGUUCCGCGAACCUUGAAAGAGAAUAACAUCGAUAUCACAGAGGCGUUUCUCCGGCAAGACAAUGCUGGCUGUUAUCACGGAGGAGUGACACUAGCGGCAUGUUCCUUUAUUAAGCAGAAAACUGGAAUUCGUGUAUCCAGGGUUGACUUUAGUGAUCCUCAGGGUGGCUAAGGCCCCUGUGACCGGAAGGCGGCCACUAUCAAGGCGCAUGUACGAAGGUUCCUUGACGAAGGGCAUGAUGUCACCACAGCACAGGAAUUCAGGGACGCUAUUAGAGACCUUAAGAUCCGACGACGGCGGGGUCUACGACGGCGGGCGGAAGUGGCGAAUAACACUUAAAUGGAUUCCCUCGCGCGGUUGUUGACAAGCCCUUGCCGUAGCCGGUCUCUCUACAACGCCAUUCACAGUGUUUUGCCGUCGCACGGACAACGUAAGUUUUCAAAGCUAAAAAUUCACUUUAUUUCCUCGAUAAAAGUCCUGAAAAUUGUCACAAAUUGUCAAUAAACUAUCCUCAAUUGUAUCUAAGAGGUUGAGGAAAUAUAACAAUCAGGAAAUUUCCACAUGGCUAAUCAAAAUUCAACGAGCGAGCAGGCGGAUAAAAACAAAAGUAACUAGAUUGGAAAAUUCUGUUUUAACUGAUGAAAAAGGUUGUUUUGGGGAUAACAAUCGUAUAAAAGAUUGUGUAUGGGUAGAGUGGUACUUUAUGUGAUGUAUGGUUAAAAAAUAGUCUUUGCCGCUUAAUUUAUAAAAAAAAAAUAAGAGGAUACAUUUUACUAAACAAUUGUUUCGUAUGCAUUUCAGUUUGUUUACGUUUCUUUUCUUAACUCUUCAGACCCUUUGAAUGGUCCGAAAAACACGACGAAUGCCUUAUACAGGAGGUACUAACUCUCGAACCAUUCAAGGAAAAAAAGGGAAGCAUAGAAAGGAAAGAAUCUGGGAAGAGAUCUCAGAAAAUCUAAACUCACUGAGUGUGCCGGUUUUUAAAGUAGACAAAAGGUCGGUACGAGAGCGUUUACAGCUGCUGAGCGAGAAAUAUAAGAAGAAGAUGAGUGAGGAGCGAAAAGCAUCAGGCAUAGAGACAGACCUGUCAGAGGUGAAAAGAGG